AUGCAGCCUUGUAGCAGAGAAAUGCAAGCCCUGAACUCACUCCUCAACCAGCAAGACCUCCAGAACGGUCAACAGCAAAUCUCCAACACCCACCAGAUUCAUCAAUCUCACUUCGAUCCGACCUCGUCUCACGACGACUUUCUCGACCAAAUGCUCUCUUCUCUCCCUCCCAGUUCUUGGCCCGACCUCCCCUUCGCUUCAAAUCCCAUCGGCUCUCUUGCCGCCGGCCACAAACUCCAAGACCUGUCGGACCAGUUCGACGAUCAGUCUCAGUCUGCUUUGUUGGUUUCCAAGCUCCGUCAACACCAGAUCAGCGGCGGCGGUGCCGUAGCAGGCAAUUCUCCGGCGGCAGCGAAGGCCUUCUUGCUUCAGCAGCAGUUACUACUAUCCAGAGGGCUUUCUGCCGGUGGACUCCGGUCGCCGACCGGAGCCGGAGAUUCCGGGAUUUUACAGAUGCCAUUGAGUCUGGGUACCGGCGAGGGUUUUGACGGGUCUCAGAACAACGUCGUCGAUGGUUCCUCUUUCAAAUCUCCCAAUCUGGGAGGUGAGGGUUCAGUUGAAGCUCUGUACAAUGGGUUUUCCGGAUCUCUUCAUGGAACCGGUCAAGCUUCGAGCCAAGCUCAGCAUUUUCACCACCCUCAGGUACAGAAUUUUGGAGCUCCAGCAACGGCUAUGAACCAGGCACCGCCGGCGAGUGGGUCGGCUGAAGGAGGAGCACCGUCGCAGCCCAGACAGAGGGUAAGGGCUCGCAGAGGUCAGGCCACUGACCCUCACAGCAUCGCCGAACGAUUACGGAGAGAGAGGAUUGCAGAGAGAAUGAAGGCUUUGCAGGAGUUGGUACCCAACGCCAAUAAGACAGACAAGGCUUCAAUGCUGGAUGAGAUCAUCGACUAUGUCAAAUUCCUCCAGCUCCAAGUCAAAGUUCUGAGCAUGAGCAGAUUGGGGGGUGCUGCGGCUGUUGCUCCACUUGUUGCUGAUAUGUCCUCUGAGGGAAGUGGUGACUGUCUACAGGGAAACGGUGGACGGAGCUGCAACGCAGCCCAAACGGCGUCGUCAUCAAACGACACAAUGACGGUAACGGAGCACCAGGUAGCAAAACUCAUGGAAGAAGACAUGGGCUCCGCCAUGCAAUACCUCCAAGGCAAGGGUCUCUGCCUCAUGCCCAUCUCUCUCGCCACAGCCAUCUCCACCGCCACGUGUCAUUCCAGGAACACCAUCGCCACCAACCCACUUCUCGGAUCCAACGGCGAGGGUGGCCCUUCUUCUCCGAGCAUGUCGGUGUUGACCGUCCAGUCAGCCACCAUGGGUAACGGCAGUGGUGACGCUUCCGUUAAGGACGCCACGUCUGUUUCAAAGCCGUGA